GCCAAGUAAAAAAACAGAGAGAGGGAAGACGAAAAGGGUCCCAAGAGAUUUGAUUGGAGUGAAGAGAGUAAAACAACAAAAAUGGUAACUCUGUAACACACACACACAAAAGAAAAGAGCUGGGUAGGUGUAACGCCGAUGAUAGAAGAAUCUUCUAGACAUCUGAAAUUUGUGGAUUAGGGCUUUUCAUCGGCGAAAAAAAAUGGGGCGAAGGAAGGUAGAAAUUAAGCGAAUUCAAGAUAAAAAUUGCAGGCAAGUUGCGUUCUGUAAACGGAGGAAAGGUUUAUUGAAGAAAGCUAAAGAAAUUUCCGUUCUCUGUGAUGUCGAUGUUGCUGUUGUUAUCAUCUCAAAUCGAGGCAGGCUCCAUGAAUUCUCCAGCAAUAACAGUCUGACAGAAAUGCUUCAACGAUACAAAAGCCACAUCGAAGCAGAAAAAGAGAUCUCUACAGAAAUCCAGGUGGCAGAGCACUCUAAAUACUCAGGGUUCAUAACAAUGGGAGAACUGCUACAAACAACAGAAAGGCAACUCGAGGAAACUAAUGAUGAUGUUCUCACUGUGACUGACCUUAUCCAUUUGGAGAACGAACUUCAAACUGCUCUAAUACAACUCAGAUCUAGAAAGACACAUUUGUUGCUUGAAUCUGCUAAGGGUCUUCAUGAGAAGGAAAAACUGCUGCAAGAGGAAAAGAAACAUCUGGUGGACAAUAUAGCUAGUAUCAAGAAAAACACAAAAGUGAAUGAGAUGUCUACGGAUUUCGCUGACUUUCCAGCACCCCAUAUGAUUUUUGGACAACAGAAAAUAACCCUGAAUUUCCUCUAGUACUUGUCGAAUAGCCCCAGGGGAAUAACCUGCGAAAUGAGCUAGAGUCGAGAUGCAUCUGGAGAUAACUAAUAUUGUGCAGCUUCUAUAGAACUAAUUAUUGUUUCUAUUUGGAUGAUGAACAUUUAGAUUUGUACAAUCACUUUGUUGGGAACUUUGUUUGACAAGCCUAAUUUUCCAUCUUUUUCUGAGUGAAAUACUCUUCGAUGGCGACCAACGGGUCGGUAGGGAAGGAGUAUAUCUUGUCUUUAAAGUGGAAAAAUAUAACAAAUGUUUAAGUUUGGCUUUACAA